AUGUUGGCGACGUCGCCCCCACAAGUGGCGACCUACCAGAAGGCGAUCAAGGUGACAGUGGAUGGACCGCGAGAACCACGCUCUAAGACGCGUCACCACGGCUUCCAUCCCUUCCACUUCGGGCCGAGGUUCGCGCCAGAUCCUCUCAUGGGUUCCCUGCCUUUCAAGUUGUCUGGUAUAGCACACCAAUUGGCUGGCUUGCCAGGUGGUGAAUGGGGGGCGCUUGCGCGCCAUUACCCUCCCCCCAUUCUGCCAUCGCAUGCGCACUUUACACCGCACGUGCUCCCGCCCGCCCAUGCGCAGCAUCCGCACGUUCCUCCACCGCCCCACGAAACAGAUGUUACAUCGGAGACACCGACUACGAUGAACGCGCACAGUACAACGAGUCCCAUAAACUCACGCCCUAGCUCGCCCCAAGACGACGAUAUAUCGGUUACCGCCUCCAGCAGUCCACCUCCGGACGAGCGUCCCGGGGCGUUCACAUCAGUGGCUCGGACGAGGAAACCAUUGCAACCUUUGCCGGCCCCGUCAAGUCUCUUCCACAGCGCGCUAGCGGCCCAGUUAUUCUUAAACUCCCCUCUCCUCCCCACCCCCCCGGCGUGGAUCUACUCACAGCUGUAUGGGGGAUACGACUGGUGGCUGAGACCACAGGCGCCACGAGACGACUCCAAUUCCAGUCCCGACCGGGAGGAUGAGGGCGGAUCCACGGCAUCGGGUAUUGCGAAAAAAAGACCAGCCUCCCCGGAGUGGGCAGACCAGGGUGUCAGGACUCGCAGCAAGUCAUUGAUAACCCCGGAAAGACGGCCCAUAGACGUGUGGCGUCCGUAC